AUGACUUGGCUGAUUUCAAGUGUCCUGCCGAUCGACAUGCUGUGGCUUUGGAGGUGCAUGUUGCACAAAUCAGGAAAUCCCAUUAAACUACCCUAUCAAGCUCCACUAAUUUGUAGUAAUGGCGGAAGAGCUCCCGUGAUUGGUUGCAUCCAAUCUCAACAAUGUCUUCCGUUCACUAAAGAAUCCGUCGCUUGUCUACAAGGAAUUUGUUGUACGGUACCACAAAAAUGUCCAAGUAUUGUUGGCUUGCAAUAUGCAAAUUCACAGUCAUGCGUUCUGCUAUCCGGAGAAAAGUGUCUAGUAAUGGAAUGUGUUGCACAAUGUCCGAGAUUUGUCGAUGAAAUUAAUAUUUGCAAUAACUUUUAUUUAGAUGUGAAACAGCUCAUAAAAGCUACGAGUAGCAUGGAUGUGCUUUUUUUGUUAAAAUUAUUUAUCAAUAUUUUGUAA